UCAUCUUCAGCCGUCCAAACACAAGGCUGGCAAACAAAACCGCAAAUCCCAAAUCCAAAUCCAAAUCCACACACAACCCCAAACCGCCAUCUCACCACCGCUUCCGAUGGACUUCCCGUCGUUCAACCACCACCACCACAGGUACGCCCCUCCUCCUCCUCCCACCAAUUUCCCCGACGACCGCUCUAAUUACUACCCUCCGCACCACCACAUCCCGUCAGUCAACCACCUCCCUCCACCACCACCACUUCCAUACCCUCAUCCACCACCACCGCCGCCACCACCGCUUUCCGUUCACGUUCCUCGACCGUCGCAAUCGUACAAUCCGGAUUUCACCUUUCUUGACGCCCAAAAAUCCUCCUUUUUCACCCACAACCGCUCGUCGCCACCUAGGGUUUCCGGUUCCAGCCACUCUUAUCGAUUUGAUUACCGGAAUGAUUUUAGAUCGGAUCCGGCUAGGGUUCCGUCGGAACUACCUCACCGGAAUCGGGUUCUACCAGAGGAGCAUCAGGAUUAUCACCGCAGUAUGUAUUCGUCGAAUCCCCAAUCUGAAAGUUAUUAUAAAUCUGCUAGUAGGUUUAUAGAUGAUAAUAUCAAUGAUGGAUAUGGUAGUAGUAUUGUUUCUAGUAACAUUGAUAGUUAUGCGUCUGUUCGGUCUGUUGUGAUUGGCGGUAAGUCGUCUACCGGCAAGGAUUAUGUUGACAAGUAUGAGCCUCGGUAUGUGUCGAUGUCGGAGAAUGAUAGGAUUUGGGAGCAUCAUGGGGACGAGGAUCCGAAAUGGGUGAUGAAGGUGAAGAGUGAAGUGGGGCGUAAUGAUGGGGGUUCGUUUGCGUAUGGUAGAGAGCGAGAGCGAGACCGGGAUUAUGAGCACGAAUCAGGUAAGUUUAAUAGGGUUAGGGAAGGUAGAGACAGAGAGGAGUUUAAGCAAGUGCAAAAGAAGAGUGUUUUACUUAGGAUAGGAAAACCGAAUAAUACUAAUAGGAAUCGAAACUACGAACAACACGCAUCUAAAGGUUACUUAGUUGAAUCGAACAGUUGUAAUCAUAGGGGUAAAGAUAAAGGUAAAGAUAGGGAUAGGGAUAGAGACCACACAGGUAAAGAGUGUAGGGUAGAGGGAGACAGAGCGCGUAGCCCUGUAGAUCUUGACGUGUCUUUUAAAUCUAACGCUUUAGUCGCUAAGCCUGUUGUAACACCCUCAAGUCCGUUGUCUGACAAUAGCAACACACAAACUAAGAAUCGAAAGGUUAAAAGAGUUAACGAGUUUGGUUCACCGUUAUCAAAAUUCAGUGAGCGUUCAACGAGGUCUCGAAGCUCUUCACGUGGGUUUGACAGCCCUUCUAGCUCUGAAAAGGCUCCAAAGCAACAAACGCAUAAAGAUUCUGUUUCUAAUGAGGACAACAGUUCUUUGCCGGCCCCGGUUUUAGAUCAGGGUGAUGGCAAUGGAGGAUCUAAAGCACAACCCCUGUCAUUUAGGCUUAAGAAGAAAAGGAAAUUAAUGAAUCCUGCUUCUCGUUCAUUUAAUUUUCAGUUGGCAGUGAAAGAUGAUAAAAUUAUCAAGGGUGAGAAUUUAGAAAAUACCCCAACUGCACCUGUUUCUGGCGCCAUUCCAUUUCCUACUCUAGAAGAAACGGUUGACAGUAUAGUGGAUAAAUCUCCACAGGCUAGCGUUUUAGAGAAAGACGGUUCAGAAGUUCGGAACCCGAACCCUCAUUGUAUGAACAGUUUUGCUGAUGACUGCACUGAAAACAAGAACUUAAAUGCACAGAAUGUAUCUAUGAUAAAUGAUGGUCUAGUGAACGAACUUAACCAGCAGCCCUGUGGAAAUGACGUUUCCGUGAAUCUCGAGAAUGAUGCCCAGAAUAUAUCUCCAGACGUUAGGCUGUCAUUGGGCGGUACUGAUAUUUCUGUUGCAUCAGGGCACAAUCAAGUUGAGAUUCAGAAAGCAUCCACAGAGUCAAAUGCGGGUUUUGAUGUAGUCAAUUUUUCUAACAGUUUGUGCAAUGAACCGGUCCAAACACAAGAAAUGAACUUGAGUCUUCACUGUAUAAACAGUUUUGAUGAUGACUGCACUGAAAACAAGAGCUUAACUGGACAGAAUGUGUCUAUGAUAAAUGAUGGUCUAGCGAACGAACUUCACCAGCAGCAGUGUGGAAACGAAGUUUCAGUGAAUCUUGAGAACGAUACCCAGAAUAUAACUACAGAUGUUAGGCUGUCACUCAGUGGUACUGAUAUAGCUAAUGUAGUUGAUGCAUCUAACAGCUUGUGCAAUGAACCGGUCAAAAUACAAGAAACGAGUACUGUUUCUGACAUGAACAACCCUUUAGAUUCUUGUACUGAUGAUAUUGAUAUUAUUAUCGUAUCUCCUGAAAAGAGUGAUGAUCAAGGUUUUCUUGAUGACGUAUCCAGAAAAGAAGAUGAAAGCCAAUUGUUGGAGGGUAGUACUAGCAAUCAAAUAUCUUUUAAUAGGUCAAAUGAAUACUCUGAAGAUGCUCUUAAAGAUUCUAUCCAUACUGAUAUCUUUGCCGAAGAUAACGCAACACGAAGUAGUUCACAUAAGGAGCAUUCUUUUGAUAAAGAUGCAAUUACUGAGAUGGUAACUCCGAUUUCUACAUCAGUUCUGGUACCGAGUCCUGACCAUAGAGAGCAACUUACUACAGAUUUUAAGGAUGAUUUACCACCCUUGUCAAGUAUUGUGUCUGCAUUUGUUACAGACUCAAAUGGUAAAUCGGGGGAAUAUAGGCCUGAUAUACUAACCGGUAUCUUUUCUCCCGAAAAAGUUUCCAGUUUUUCAGACUCACAGUCGCUGGUUAGCAAAUCAACAGAUAAAAGGAUAUCAUCUUAUUUGGGUAAUCUUGAGAACGAUGACAAUAUUAUCGUAAAGUCUGUAUCGAAAGACAUUGCUCUGUCAAAUGCUCCUAAAACGGGUAUAAAAACUAGCAGUGUUAAGACUCUAGGCUCCAAUACAAAUCUCCAGGGAUCAAAUUUGCCAUUGACGAAGCCGAGUUCUGUGCCUGCGGUACCACGAGUUGUCGCAGCCCGUUCGUCUCCAUCCUUAACAAACUCAAGAAUCAGCAACAAAACCGCAAACAACGCAACGAAGCCUCGAACCUGGCGUAGAUCUUCUAGCAGUCCCGCUCCUGUUCCUCCGCCACCUAAACAAACUGCAAUGGGUCAGAACUCAUAUAUUCGAAGUGGUAACAGUCUUGUAAGAAAAGCCGCCCCUGUGACUGCCGUUGCUUCAAGGUCCUCUGUUUAUCAGUUGAAUCCUUCAGCCCCGAAUGAAGCAAGAAAUAGUGCUGUAUCAGGAAAUAAAGUGAAUAAUACUUACUCAAGAGUAGCUGGCUCCGGUGCUUCUGUCGUGAGGCCCAAAACACCACCCCUGUCAGGCGGCACCAAAUUACCAGAUUGCCCUACGUAUUCGAGAGAUAUGUCAUCUUCGCCACUUGAACUUCUGCCUGCGUCCCCUGUUGAAGGAAGUCCUGUUGUGCAAAAGGUAUCAGAAGAUCAAAUUCGUGCAUCUAACAAUUCUGAAAGCCAGAAGGUAGAAGAUGAAGUGGCUACAGGAAAAAAGAUACAAUACGUGAAGCGGAAAUCAAACCAGCUGGUUGCUGCGUCGUCUAGUGAUCAAUCCGUUCAGGAGUUGGAUAAGACACAAGCAUCGUCAUCAUCAGAUAGCUACUAUAAGAGGAGAAAAAAUCAACUUAUUAGAACAAUCGCCGGAAAUGACUCAGCAAACACGGAUGUGGGCAAAGCUUCAAAGAACAGUUUUAAGCGACAGUCUGGUAAAGGUCUAUCUGCACCGAAAGUUACUAAGUAUAAGCAUUUGAGAUUCCCUUCAGUUUGGACGCUUACCUCACACUCACUGGGAAAAGAUGGUGUCUCGUUACGUCAGAAGCUGAGGCCCCAAUUGUUCCCUUGGAAAAGAUCAAGAAAUUUGAUGAAUCUCUCAGCCUCUAUAUCCAGUAAUAGCUCAUUAUCUUCUAUCAGUCGCAAGUUGCUGCUUUCAAGAAAGAGAGAGACGCUCUACACAAGGUCAAAGCAUGGGUUUUCUCUUCGUAUGUCCAAGUUAUUAAGUGUUGGUGGUUCCAGUUUAAAAUGGUCAAAAUCCAUAGAGAGGAACUCAAAAAGAACUAAUGAGGAAGCUACACUUGCAGUUGCAGCAGCUGAGAAGAAAAAGAGAGAACAACAUGGGACUGUUUCUGCUACGGCUGAAAUAAAAAGAAGGAAUAACAUGUCAAGAGUUCGGAUAUUUCGUAUUGGGUCGGUCAGAUACAAAAUGGAUCCUUCUAAGAGGACACUUCAAAGGAUUUCAGAUGGGGAGCCUUCAAAUUCCAUGCAGUCAAAAGAAGAGAUCAGAAAGUCUUAUGUUCCAAAGAGAUUAAAGAUCGGCCAUGAUGAAUAUGUACGGAUUGGAAAUGGUAAUCAGCUGGUUAGAAAUCCAAAGAGGCGAACACGCGUGUUUGCUAAUGAAAAAGUGAGAUGGAGCUUGCACACAGCCAGAACACGGUUGGCUAAAAAGAAAAAGUUUUGCCAGUUUUUUACACGGUUCGGCAAAUGCAACAAAGAUGAUGGAAAAUGUCCAUACAUCCACGAUUCAUCUAAAAUUGCAGUGUGCACCAAGUUUUUGAACGGUUCAUGCUCCAAUCCAAACUGCAAGUUAACUCAUAAGGUCAUUCCUGAAAGGAUGCAAGAUUGUUCUUAUUUUUUGCAGGGAUUGUGCUCAAACAAUCAUUGUCCGUAUAGACAUGUAAAUGUGAACUCAGCUGCUUCUGUCUGUGAAGGUUUUCUCAAAGGUUAUUGUGCAGAUGGCAAUGAGUGCCGAAAGAAGCACUCGUAUGCAUGCCCAGCGUUUGAAGCAACCGGCAAGUGUUCUCAAGGUACAAAGUGCAGGCUCCACCAUCCGAAAAACCAGUUGAAAAGGAAACAACCAAGCUCAAUGGAUCAACAGCAGAAGAAUUCGAGGGGUCGUUACUUUGGUUCUGUUAGGGUUGAAGAGGCAACGGGCGUAUCAGAAAAGGGCGUAUCAGAAAAGCUUUAUCUAAAGAAUGAUGACAUGGAUGAUGAUGUGGACUUGUGUCAGGAAGGAAAGUUUGCUGAAUAUAUCAGCUUAGAUGUUGGUAAUGAAGAAGUUGGGGAGGUAACGGGUGAGGCGAGAACAAGCUUGAUGAUCAGUGAGCCUUUGGGUUUAGAUGCAGAUGAGUUUGAUGAGCUAACAAAACCUAUUGGGAUAAUGAAUAGGGUUGUGUUAGAUAGUCCAAGUGAGUGUGACAUGGGUGUUUCUUGAUUUAUUCAUUUGCAUUUUAACAUAGAAUGAUAGAAGAACCUCAGGCAAAGUAGAGAAGGGAAGAGGGUGGAUUUUGGUUGUGUAGAAUUAACACCACAGUUUGUUUGUAUCGAUGACUAAAGAAAACAAAGGUUUUUUUAAAUAGAAUUUGAAGAAUUUGGUUA